GGAAAAUAUGGAAUAAUCUAGAUUGUAAAUUGUUCAGAUGAAAGGGGAGAUUAUUUCAAAGCAAAUACCACCAUAAAAUGUUUCUUGAUGAUAAAUUACAUAACAGAAACGUUUAGCUGAAAGGGAUGAGAUUCAUCUACUUUCAUUAUCAAGUGCCAUAUUAGUUUUUAGUUUAUGCUUUCAAACUUGAGAUCAGGAAAUGGUUUUAAAUGGCUUCAACAACCAAUAGCGGAAUGUCUAGUUUGAAGGGACUCAAUAUGAGUAAGCUAAAGAGAACAUCUUGACCUGUCAUAAAGUGGGGGGCAUCUUGACCUGUCAUAAACAGGAGAACAUCUUGGCCUGUGUUUAAACUCAGAUCUACAACACAAUGUCGGAGCAAAGAUUAAGGCGCAAGGGAUCAAACCGCCGCUCCUCCAAGAAAAGACGAAGGCGGAGAUCCUCAAUCAGUGUUUCAUCCAAUGGUGGCGUGGAUGAAGAGGAAGAGGCAAUCCUCCGGGUCAUAGAGCAUGACAACGACGACGAGUUUGAGAUCAACAUGAACGCCGACUCUGACAGCUCCAAGGACAGAGAUGAGGACAUCGACUCGGAGGAAGAGGAGAGGAGAGAACGGAGGAGGAGGGCUGAGCGGAGGAUCAACGAGGAGAUCUUGAUGGAGAAAAUCAAUCAGUGCAAAGAGCUUAUAGAGGGAGUGAAAAAACAUACCUGGAAGAUGUCCAAAAAGCUGGACGUCUUGAGAAAAGCGAAGGCCUACGUGGAGAAAUUUGAAGGCAAACUGUCCAGGGGUCAAGGCUAUCAACAAAGAGGAAAACAGCUACUUAAACAGCUCUCCCGUUCCUGGAAAAAUGGCAUGGCUAGUCUUGUUCCUUGGGAGAUGAAAAUCAAACAAAUUGAAGGUCAUUUUGGAUCUGUCGUGGCUUCCUAUUUUGUCUUCCUCCGCUGGUUGCUGUGGAUCAGUCUCUGGCUGACUAUACUACCAACGUGUUUUAUUAUUAUCCCAGAGUUGAUAGCAGGAGAAAGUUAUGGCUCCAGCUUAAGAAAAACGAUACCGGACGAUGAACUCAGUAAAGCUUAUGAUCUGCAGACGAUUUGGAACGCAGAAGGUGUUGUCAAGUAUUCGCUCGUAUUUUACGGAUACUACGGUAACGCCAGAACAAUAGGCAGUGGUUACCGUUUACCUUUGGCUUAUCUGCUGGCCAAUCUGGCAGCUUUUGCCUACAGUUUUAUUGUCGUCCUCAAAACAAUGGCUACCAACUCCAGAAACAGUCGAAUGUCCAACACGGACGACGAGUACACAUUCUCCUGGAAACUCUUCACAGAGUGGGACUAUAUGAUCACCAAUCACGACACGGCCAUCACAAAGCACGCGUCCAUUACGACUGUCUUCAAGGAAACAAUUCUGGAAAUAAAAGUAAAAUCUAGAAAAGAAAACAAAUGGAAGAUUUUAUCUAUUAGGAUCACCUGCAACAUUGCCAUUGUUUUAUUACUUGCUCUCAGUACCUAUGUAAUUCAACUGAGUGUUGAAAGGUCUCGACAAAUGGAAAUUCGCCAACGUAAUGAUCCAUCCUACGAACCUGGAGUCUGGGAGGAAAAUGAGCUGACUGUAGUUAUGACUUUGAUCUCCAUGAUAUUUCCAGCAUUUCUGGACAUCAUCGCAUUGAUUGAAAAAUAUCAUCCCAGGACGAGUUUACAGUUGAUGCUGGGAAGAAUUUUUGUGUUGAACCUUUUAAACCUGUACACCUUGUUCAUAGCAUUAUAUAAUAAGCAACAGGAUUUGCUAGCUUCCAUUUCAGGGCUGCAGUCCAACGUCACAGUUCAAAACAACUGCUCUUCAACUUUCCAAAUUACAACUGUGGCACCUAUUGCCACUACUAUGUCUCUGUCUGAUCUACACAGUGAUGACACUACAGUAGCAACCAUCUACAAUACAACCAACAGAGCAUGUGUCAAUGUCACAGAUAUACCUCUAAAAGUAAAAGAGUUCUGCUGGGAAACUAUGAUUGGUCAGGAAGUGUUUAAAUUAACAGUCCUUGAUAUGGUAGCUCUGAUAGCUCAGCACUUAGUGGUGGAUGUCCUCAGGACCUACUUUGUACGAUACUGUAAUAAUCUGUGCUGCUGGGACAUUGAGAAAAACACUCCAGAAUACCCAGAGUUUAAAACAGCAGAAAACAUUCUUCAUUUGAUCAGCAACCAAGGCACUGUCUGGCUUGGUGUCUUGUUUUGUCCUGGUCUGGCUUUGCUAAACUUCAUCAAACUGUAUAUCUUGGUUUACUUCCGAUGUUGGACAGUAUUGUGCUACAAUGUACCAGAGGAAAGAAUCUUUAGGGCCUCAAGGUCCAAUAACUUCUACUACGCUCUGCUUUUGGUGAUGCUGUUUCUCUGUAUGCUACCUCCCUUGUUUGCUAUUGUUGGCAUUGAGCCAUCCCCACAGUGUGGUCCAUUUAGUGGUCAGCAGAGAAUGUUUCAGGUGUUGACUGAAACUAUGGAAACAGAACUGCCAGCCUCAGUUAACUCUGUCAUUCAAUAUGCUGCUUCACCAGGAGUUAUCUUACCCCUUUUUAUGUUGCUGGGAAUGACUAUCUACUAUUUAGUGUCAGUUGGUCACUCCUUGAGGGAUGCUAACAAUGAACUGCGCAUGCAGCUGGAAUAUGAACGAACUGAAGGAAGGAAAAAGGUUUAUGCAAUGGCAGAUGCCCGUCAUGAGCCAAAAGGUCGAACAAAAGGCCAUGGCUGGGGAGCUGCCAGAUCAAGCUUUGUCACUAAACCAAAAGACAUGGCAAAUACAGGCAAGUGAUAUUUUGAUAAAUAAUUAAAUUAUG